UGACACUUGAUUAGUACAGGUGUCAGAGGUUAUGGGGAGAAGGUAGGGAAAUGGGGUUAGGAGAGAGAGAUAGAUCAGCCAUGAUUGAAUGGUGGAGCAGACUUGCUAGACAGACAAUUGACAAUAGGUGCAGGAGUAGGCCAUUCGUCCCUUCGAGCCAGCACAUGCAGCAGGAGGUAUUGAGGGAGACUGAGCAGUCUGUUUACACAUGGAGAGGGUGCUACUGGUCUCCAGCAACGACCCAAAAUCAGUACUGGGCAGGAUGCUGCCCCGAGGCCCCAAAUCUCAGUGCUGAGUGAGUGUACCAUCCACCUUGACCUGCCCAAUACCAGCCCUCACAGGCAGCCUCUCUACUUUGAGCUGUGAGGAGAUUCAUUGCUGCAAUGAAUCGGUGGGUGGGGGAGGGAUGAGGGCAGGGGCUCACAACACUCAGGUUAUCAACAGCAGCAAGGGUGGAAAAUCCAGGUUUAACACAAAGCUCGCAGCAUUGCAGUGCACAGCCUCAACAGGUGUCUUUACCAAAGUACAGGACGGUAUGAAUCUGUAUGAAAUUGGGGACCAAGCGCCCUGUAAUGAAUUGGUACUCUCUCGGCAACACAAAGAAAUGUACCAGGGCAUGGCCUCUUGAGAAUGUUAUCAACACAAUUAAAAAUUCAUAGCAUGGAGAAUUUGUGUCUGAUGAGCUAUUGGAGUUCAUUUUUAAUUCGUAAUAUUCCUGCAAUUAGAGCUAAAUUUCACUUGUAAUAACCUCUCUCGGGUAAUUCUACCUUAAUUUUGCUGGCUUUAAUUGCCAUCUGAGGAUGUUAUGAUGACCUGACUGGAGCUUAAAUGGUUGUUUAUACCGCAGAAGCUCUCUUGAGAAAAUGCAAAUGUAACCCGAUUGUAAAUCCACAUUAUUACAGAAAUUGUGGGUGUCAACUAAUGUGGGAAAAGUUAUUAUCACGGAUUAUUGCUUUUUCUGUUUUAGCCUGCACAGAGUCCUCCAUGGCAGACAUUGUUUUCCUAGUUGACGGAUCCUGGAGUAUAGGAACUCAAAACUUUGAAAAGAUUCAAGACUUUCUCUAUACAUUGGUGGAUGGAUUCGAUGUUGGAGAAGACAAAGUCCGGAUAGGCCUCAUUCAGUACAGCGACAAUCCUCACACAGAGUUUUUCUUGAAUACUUUUCGUGAUAAAAAUGAAAUCCUACAGAAGAUCCAGCAGCUGCCUUACAAGGGAGGAGGCACGAGAACGGGACUGGGCCUGAAGUUGAUGCUGAACAUGCUUUUUGUGGCAUCAGCAGGAAGCAGGGCGUUGAUGGGUGUGCCUCAGGUGGCCAUUGUUAUCACAGAUGGCCAGUCCCAAGAUAAUGUGGAGCUGCCUGCAAAGGCACUGAAAGAGCAGGGCAUCAUUGUCUAUGCUAUUGGUAUCCGUGAAGCCAAGGAGGAGGAGCUAAAGGAAAUUGCCAGCCAGCCGGCUUCAGAUUACGUGUACAAUGUUGCCGACUUUAAUGCCUUGAGUGAAAUUUCACAGGCUGUCAUCCGGGUUGUAUGUACUAGGGUGGAAGAGGUAUCCCGUGAAGUUUCUAAGGUCACAAAGUCAUCCCUAGGUAUUGUAUCCAGGAAGCCAAGAAGGUUGGAACUCAAAGAUAGACCAUUCUGUUUUAGUUCGGGCUCUUGAGUUUUUACCUUUUGUUUAAAUGUGUGUUAUCUGGAAUAUCCCAAUAUGUUCUGCCACAUCUUGUAGAUAUGUUUCCUUUUAUCACCUUUGCUCUUAGCUGUGCUAUAAUCCUGCCAUCAUCCCUGUUCCUCCCACAUCUACAUUCACACAUUCAUGGGUGCAUGGUUCUUUCCCAUCAUCUCUUGAAUGUGGUUGUGUUUCAAAGGUUGUUUAAUUUCCUUGUCUUCCAUCCUGGUGUAAAAUUCAUGGAAGAAAGACAUUUAGACUCUCAAAUCAUUGAGACUGAAUAACAGUCCAUCUUCACAUGUGGCCCAUCUCUGUUCAAUGGCCAUUGCAAUCAAGGCAGAAGGUACAAAAGAGGAGGAUUAACAUUUUUCUGUUAUAUAGCAACUGACCCUGGCAUCAGGAAGAUGCAAGUCACGCCUGAUCAUUACUUGUUCUGCAUGCAGAAACGGCAAGGUUUCUGUGUACUUAAAGUAGCUGCCCAUGGAUUACCUCUUCCAUUCUAUUGUUACAGUUUUCAGGAGUAAUUGAAUUGAAUAACCUUUAAUAAUCCUUUACAGAAAAUUACAGUGCCACAACAGCUUCAAGACAGACAUAACACCACACAUUUCCUCAGAUAGCUUCCAUACUUAAUAAGUUAAAAUACAAUGAAUGAAUACUAAAAAAAUCCAAAAUUAUUUUUGUGCAUUAUAAAACCUUAUAGCAGCUGGUAUACAAGACUUCCUAUAUCUCUCCGUUUUGCACAUUGGUGCAAUCAGUCUCUGACUGAAGAUGCUGCUCUUGAUCACCUUCAGGGCGUGGAGUAGUGUUCGUUACAGUCAUUCCAAGGUAGGGGGUGCAGGACAUGGAACAGUAGUAAGAGACUUCUUGUCACUUUGACUAACCUCCUCUAAUAAAUGUCGAUAAAAGCAUGACAAUAGGCAAUAGGUGCAGGAGUAGGCCAUUCGGCCCUUCGAGCCAGCACUGCCAUUCACUGUGAUCAUGGCUGAUCAUCCACAAUCAGUACCCUGUUCCUGCCUUCUUCCAUUAUUCGUUGACUCCGCUUUCUUUAAGAGCUCUAUCCAACUCUCUUGAAAGCAUCCAGAGAAUUGGCCUCCACUGCCCCCCUGAGGCAGAGAAUUCCACAGAUUCACAAACCUGAUGAAAAUGUUUUUCCUCAUCUCCAUUCUAAAUGGCUCACCCUUUAUUCUUAAACUCUGGCUCCUGGUUCUGGACUUCCCCAACAUCAGGAACAUGCUUCCUGCCUCUAGCAUGUCCACACCAUUAAUAAUCUUACAUGUUUCAAUAAGAUCCCGUCUCAUCCUUCUAAAUUCCAGAGUA